UAGUACCACGAAAUCUCUCCUCCCCACCCGACAAGGAAAAAAUCCCUAUAAAUCCAGGCUUCGCUCUUUCUCUUUAACCUCAUUUUUCCAGCCCUUUUUUUCUCGGGAAAAACACAGACAGAAAAAUGGGGAGAGGCAAGAUUGAAAUCAAGAAGAUUGAAAAUAUCAACAGCCGUCAAGUCACCUUCUCAAAGCGUCGUGCAGGUUUGCUUAAAAAGGCCAAAGAAUUGUCAGUUUUAUGUGAUGCUGAAGUUGGUGUCAUCAUCUUCUCCAGCACAGGAAAGCUUUAUGAGUUCUCUAGUUCAAGUAUGGAGCACACUCUGACUAGAUAUGGGAGGGGGCUGGACUCGGAACUUCCUUCACUUCAUCGGUCCGCAGAGGUCCGAUAUUCCAUGGUUCCUCAAGAGUCCCAGCCUGAGGUCGAUUCUCUCAAAGAAGAAGUUGCAAAACUACAGAAGGGUUACCUGCGAAUGAUGGGGAAGGAACUGGAUGGGUUGAGCUUCAAAGAGUUGCAGCACCUAGAGCAUUUAUUAAGCGAAGGGAUACUAUCUGUUAAAGACAAAAAGGAGCAGGUACUGUUGGAGCAGCUCAAGAAGUCCAGGAUGCAUGAACAAAGAGCUAUGAUGGAGAAUGAGACCUUGAGAAAGCAGGUUGAGGAGCUCAGGCGAAGCUCGAGGCCGCAGCCGCCAUCUUUCAUUGAGUACCAUCCUCCUGAAAGGAGGCAGUCUCUCCAGAUCAGUUCAAAAACACCUUGCAGUUGCAGUACUGUAGAUGAAAGAGGAGGCUCCGACACUUCCUUGCAUUUGGGGUUGCCUUCAGAUGCUUAUCUGAAGAGAAAGGGUCCCAAAAUUGAACCUAUUUUCAUCGAUUCAGAAAGUCAAGUGGCCUCAGAGUGAUGUUUUCUUGGAAAAUUCUCGUCGAAGUCGAAGGCGAAGCCGAAAUAUUGGAAAAACGCUCUCUAGUUUCAGCACUUUUUAGCCGUUAAUUUUCAGCUUUUAGGAUAUAUGUAAUGUAGGCAUGGCGUUUUUUCCUUGUUCUUUUUCCAAUUAGUAUAUAUUUAGUUUCUGUUAAUUUCCAUUGAAAGUAUAAAUAAAAGAAGGGCAGGUGUACAUUCUUGUA